CCAGCCAGGGGGCGCCCGUGGCCUGGGUGGGGUAAUCGAGGGGCAGGGAAAAUGGCAGACGGCUUUUCGCUUAAUGAUGCCGUAUGUGGGUCUGGGAACCCCAACCCUCAAGGAUGGCCCGGUCCAUGGGGAAACCCGCCUGCUGGGGCAGGAGGCUACCCGGGGGCUGCCUAUCCUGGGACCUACCCCGGACAGGCACCUCCUGCCGCCUACCCUGGACAGGCACCUCCUGGCGCCUACCCUUCCCCUACAGCACCUGCUUAUCCCGGACCUAAUGCCCCAGGACCCAUCCCCGGACAACCGAGUGGGCCUGCGGCCUACCCUGGUGCGGGCCCUGCUGGUGUCCCUGCUGGACCACUGACUGUGCCUCAUGAAAUGGCUUUCCCUGGAGGAGUCAUGCCUCGCAUGCUGAUAACAAUUAUGGGUACAAUAAAACCCGAUGCAAAAAAACUUGUUUUAGAUUUCAAGAGAGGGAAUGAUGUGGCCUUCCACUUUAACCCACGCUUCAAUGAGAACAACAGGAGAGUCAUUGUUUGCAACUCAAACCUGAAUAAUAACUGGGGACAGGAAGAAAGACAGAUGAUUUUCCCAUUUGAAUGUGGUAAACCAUUCAAAAUCCAAGUACUGGUUGAAUCCGACCACUUCAAGGUUGCAGUCAAUGAUGCUCACUUGCUGCAGUACAAUCACCGGAUGAAAAAUCUCAGGGAAAUCAACGCAUUGGCAGUUAGUGGUGACAUCAGUCUCAAUAGUGUUACACACACUAUGAUAUAAUCUUAAAGGGGCGGAUAUUCUUUUAAGAAAUAAAAAUGAAUGUAAACCUUACCCAUUUAAAAGUUUCAUGCUCACUGUAAGUGAAAAAUUUGCCUUUAUUCAACAACGUCCUUCUUAUAAAUCAUUCAUUUAAUAAAUAUUCUAAGAGUUAA